ACAAACACUUUUUUAGAAGUUAAAUAAUAAAAAGGGGUAUUUGAAAGUAAUUGGAUAGUAAAUCUAUACAAUCAAACAGUAUCUAAAUUGGGAGUAUAAGCUUCGUCAUGAAAUAAUACAUUUCGGAAUAUUCCGUAAAAUCUUCGGUAAUCUUCGACUGGACUUAGUGCAAGUGCACCAAAUCAUACACCCACUUCUGCACAUUAUUGCUGACUUACAACAUUCGCUUUGUAGGUACCGUAGAAGUAAUACGACUAUGAACACGUGCGAUUAUGUUGAUACACAUUUUCAUAUCUGGGAUCUAAAAAAGUUCAACUAUCCAUGGCCUGAUGCAGAUGUUGGUCUCAUUUUUCGAAAUUUCACCCCGGGAGAUCUCGCAAAGGAGAUUGAAGAUUCUCCCAUAAAGCAUGCAGUCUUUGUGCAGUGUUUGAAUGGUUCUCCAGAGGAAGCAGAAUGGGUGUUUAAACAAGCUGAGGAAUUUCCUUUCAUUAAAGGUGUUGUGGCAGGUUUGGACCUGGUAGAUUCAGAAAAUUUGAGUGGCGUAAUAGAGCGUUUAUCUGUAAAUCCUUUGUUUGUUGGUGCUCGCCACAUAUUAAGUAUGGAGCAAGUAGACUACAUAGCACAUGAAGAUGUCAUGAAAGGUUUAACAACCCUUGAGCAGAAAGGAGUUCCAUUUGAUUUACUUCUCCAGCCACCCCACUUGAAAUACAUUCCUGCCAUAGCAAGACAACUCCCAAACCUAAAGAUGGUGGUAGACCACAUAGCCAAGCCAUACAUCAAAGAUGGAAUCAUUGCUGGAUGGAAAGAAGAUAUGGCAGAAAUCGCUAAAUUCCCCAACAUUUAUUGCAAAAUAUCUGGUAUGGUAACAGAAGCAGACAAGGAAAAUUGGAAGAAGGAAGACUUUGUGCCAUAUGUUCAGCAUAUACUAGAUAUAUUUGGACCAUCACGUUGUAUGUUUGGCUCUGAUUGGCCAGUCUGUAAACUUGCAGGCUCAGACCAUGGCCGUGUGCUGGAAUUAACUAACUCACUUCUUGGACAUCUCUCUGAACAGGAGAAAAUAAUGAUUUUUAGAGACAACGCCAUCAGAUUUUACAAUCUGAAAAAUGUCUCUUAAAAUGACUUUUCAUUAUCUCUCUAUUAAUUUGUCUCCAACCAAAUGGCAUUAAGGUGGUUUACCCAGAGGCCUAAAAAUUACUUUACAAUGGUGUUUUACUUAAACCUAGAAAACACUCUGAUUGUUAUGAAACAGAAAAGUAUGGGCUUAAGAGACAGUAUUAUCUCCAAAACUGAUCAGGAUUUUUCUUUAUUUUCACACUGGAAGGUUUAAUUAUUAAAGUCAAUUUUAAGAAAAUAAAGAUUUUAGGUCAGUGAUUUCAUUUUUUGUAUUCUUGCACUUAGAAAAAAAGCAAUUUAUCAAUUUGCAUGUUUUUGUUGUAUAUUUUGUUGCUAGUUGUGUACCAAAGUGCCAUUUAUGGGUAUAAUUCAUUAUAUUUAUUAUUAAAUUUAUUAUGAUGGAUUGGAAAACCCUUUCAAAGCCCCUUCUAGAAGCUGAAAUUUUAAGUAUAUUUAAGUCAAGGGCAAAGAAAGAGUUAUCCAAUUCAAUUAUUUGAUCCUCUGAAUUUAAUAUUUCAAGAAAUCAAGAAAUUAUACUUAACAAGGUUUGUUGUGACUUAAUUUUUAAGUCACAUCUAUACUCCCACAAUUU